GUCUUUCUUUCCUACUCUGUCUCCCUCUUUUCUUCCUCUUUUAUCAUUAUGUAAUCAUUUUUUUUCCCUGAAUUUUGUAGGGUUUGUUGGUUGUUCUUUAAUGAGCCUCUGGCAUUCCCUUGUGAGUAAAUAAAUAGGAGGAGAAGGGGAUUACAAAAAGCUCCAUUUUUUAUUUGUCUUCCUUGAUUCCUUGUCUCAUUUCAGUUUCCAAAUAUUGUUUUGGAGCCCAUAAAGCUAUGCAAAAAAAAGAAGGAUUGAUGAUACAUCAGGGACAAAUUGGAAUUUUAGUAUGCGGUGUCUGUAUUAAAAUUUCUGGGGUUUUUGUUUCUUAAAGGUUCAGGGAUGGAGGAGAUACAGAAGCCUGAUAGUCAUAUGACAUCAGCUGCAGCUUUUGUGAAAGGGGGAAUUCAAGAUGCCUGUGAUGAUGCUUGUAGCAUAUGCCUUGAGGAGUUUUCUGAAAGCGAUCCUUCAACAGUGACUAAUUGCAAGCAUGACUUUCACCUCCAGUGCAUUCUUGAAUGGUGCCAGAGAAGCUCUCAAUGUCCCAUGUGCUGGCAAGCCAUUAGCUUGAAGGACCCUGCAAGUCAAGAAUUGCUUGAAGUGGUAGAAAGGGAAAGGAGCUUUAGGGUUGCUCCGUCAAGAAAUACCACCAUAUUUCACCAUCCCACGCUUGGUGAUUUUGAAUUGCAACAUUUACCAGUUGGUGCAAAUGACCCUGAACUUGAAGAGCGUAUAAUCCAGCACUUGGCUGCUGCUGCUGCAAUGGGAAGGGUCCGCCAUUCUGGUAGGAGGGAUGGCCAGAGAAGAUCAUCUGCUCAUAGCCGUCCUCAUUUCUUGGUAUUUUCUACUCAUCCUGGUGCACAGCAUUCUGGUUCUGUAUCAACACCUUUGACUCAGAUAGGAGGGGAAACUGAAGCAGCUGCAAUCACCGUAGCUAGUCCUGCCACUCCACUAUCAUCUGGAGGAGAAGAGUUAUCCCAGCAGAUGUCACCAUUUCCUUCUGGUCAAAAUACACCUGCCUCUGGAUCUACUGUCAGUCCAUUGAGUAGACGAGGAUUUUCGUUAAAUAAUCGCACUUCUAGUAAUUCCUCAUUGCCAAAUCAAGAGAGAGCAGGACCAUCAGAGUUUCAGUCAUUUUCAGAAUCUCUGAAAUCCAGAUUUAAUGCUGUGUCCUUGAGAUAUAAGGAGUCAAUUUCAAAGAGUACAAGAGGCUGGAAGGAGAGGUGGUUCUCUCGUAACUCUUCCAUGUCUGAUCUUGGGAAUGAAGUUCGGAGAGAAGUGAGUGCAGGAAUUGCUAGUGUAUCUCGUAUGAUGGAGCGUUUAGAAACCAGGGAAAAUGAUAGUCCAAAUGAAGCUUCUGUGUCAAAUCAUUUGGCUGAAUCUUCUAUUACAGAGCAAGACAACCAGCAUAAUGCAGGGAAUCACGGAGAUAACCCUCUAAGUAUCAGCCCUACGCCAGCUUCGCAUGCUGUUGCCAAUCUUGUUUCUCCAGAAAUGACAUGCUGAGGAAAAGAUGCUUUGCAUUUCAGGCCAGGUGAUUGGUAUUUGCAAACAGACAGAGUCAUGGUGAGUGGUCUGAAUCUGAAUAAACAGAGGAAGUCUGACAGAGCUUCCAUCUGGAUAGAGACUUUUAUAUGGGUAUAUGUGUGUAAAUUUGUUAAUAUGUAACCUGAUUUAGUGCACGAUAUCUGUAUGUAACUGUCUGGAUGGCUGAUUUGGCAAUGGCUGAAUGUUAAUUACUCUUGAGGAAGGAGCUGGUGAGGCUGGAUGGAAUUUGAAACAUGCUUAGAACGUAUUGCAAUUUGCUGAAAAAUGUGUCUUUCCAUGUGGCUAUUGACACCAACUGAACUUUGGGAAUCAGUGAAACAAAAUUAGUGAA